CAGCUGUCGCUCCUGCUGCGGUUGCGGCGCGUUGGGGAGGCUGCCAAAAAAAAGAGGAUGAGGAGCUCGAAUGUUUACACUUCCACUACAGCAGCCAUGCCUCUUUGCCUGAUAGUUCCACACCCCUUCCGCAUCUAAACGGCGACAGGCUGCAGAGCAUCAACCCUAUUCCCCCCAACCUAAAACCAGCAAAUACCCCCCCCCCCCCCCCCACCCCCCAUAGGGUUUCCUUACUUCUGUUUCCGCUUCAGUCAAAUCACCCCAGAGCUGGACCAGACCGAUUUGCUGUCUUCCUCGUCCGCUGCUCCAAUUGGCAAGUGGACCACAACAGGGAAAAAAAAUCACAGCAUCCUGCCGACUCGGUGCAUCUUCUCCUCCGUCUCCUGCACUGUUCAGUUAACCCAGACCUAUCAUCAUCAGCAUCAUCAUCAUCUGUGAAGAGGCCGAAACCAGGAGACGGAGUCUGUCUGAUACUCCACUUCCCUCUUCCUUUCUGGGCAUCGUUAUCCUCAGCUGAAGCGAUGUAGGAUAUGUUGGGUGACCUCCUCUCCCAUCAACCCCAUCCCCCCCCCUUAUCCUGGGUAGAAGAUCGUCUUUGGUGAAUAAGACAGCCUACUGCCAUUGUUCAGUUUCUUUAUUUAUUGUUCACAUAUUUGAAGUUCAGUGUCAACGAUAAGAUCAUCAAACUGACUGUGUACAUGAUUUUUGGGAAAGUGGUGGUUUUGCUGUAUCAAAACUGGCAAUUAGAAAGGGUACAGGUUUAUUUAAGAGAAUAGCAAUUUUCUUUAACAUUGUUUCUAAUUUUAAUUUCCUAUUGCACUAUUAAUAAUGUCGCAUGAUCGGAGUAUCGAGCUGGAGCACUUUGAAGAAAGGAGCAAGGGCCACCGAUCUUCUCGGCGUGGAAGUGGCACUGGAGGAGGUGGAGGAGGAGGUGGAGGAGGCAGUGGAGGUGGUGGAGGCUCAGUCUCCCGAGGAAAUGGUAUACCGAGCCCAGCUCACAGCGCUCACUGCAGUUUCUACCGGACCCGUACCCUGCAGGCGCUUAGCCAGGAGAAAAAAGCCAAAAAAGUCCGCUUUUACCGGAAUGGAGACCGCUAUUUUAAAGGGCUUGUGUAUGCUGUCUCCCCAGACAGGUUCAGGUCCUUAGAUGCUUUGCUUGCAGAACUGACGAAGUCUCUAUCAGAUAAUGUCAACCUGUCCCAAGGAGUCAGGACCAUCUAUAGCAUCGAUGGAACCAAGAAGAUCACCAGCUUGGAUGAAUUGCUGGAAGGUGAAAGCUACGUUUGUGCAUCCAAUGAGCCAUUUCGUAAAGUAGACUAUGCCAAGAAUGUUAAUCCAAACUGGUCAGUUAAUAUCAAGGCAGGAACAUCCCGCUCUCUCUCAUCACUAACAUCAAGAGGUGAAGGAAAAGAAUCCAAGGAUUUUAUUAGGCCCAAACUGGUGACUGUUAUCCGCAGUGGUGUAAAACCACGGAAAGCUGUAAGGAUUCUUCUCAACAAGAAGACAGCACAUUCAUUUGAGCAGGUGUUAAAUGACAUUACAGAUGCCAUAAAGUUGGAUUCUGGAGCAGUCAGAAGGCUCUACACACUUGAUGGAAAGCAGGCCGUUGAACAGAUGGAUCAAUGGAAGGGCCAAAUCAUGUGAGGAAUUCGGGCACAUCGGCUUCCAUCACAACUUGCUGUCCUG